AAAAUACUAAUAACUUUUAUGAAAAUGAUAAUAUCGAAUUGGUGAUUAGUUUUGAUGUUGAGUUGUUCUCUCUUAUUACUACAAUAUUAGAUGAGAAUAAAGAAAAUUUUAAUAAUAAUGAAAACUUUACCUUGAAGUUGCUCAUUGUACAGCAAAAUUUAUUGAAAAUGGAGAUGGUGAAGUAUCAAAUAAAACAUCCAAAUCCAGAAGUUCAUAGAGAUACUCCUAUACAAAUUGAACAGUAUAAUUGUGAAGCUGUUAUUAAAAUUGAAAUUCUGGAAUCUUUAAACAUUAUCAAAAUUGAAUACUCUUAUUUAAUGUUACAUCUACAUCCAAUUCAUGUAGAAAUGACUUUGGAAAUUC